GCUGUCAACACGCACACUUCCAUUUUGGAUCGUCCCCGGAAGUACACCCCCAUUCACGGCCCCACACUGGCCUGUCCACACACGGUGUACCUGGGGAGGUGAACGUCAACCUGCGUCCCAACAGCUAUACACCGUCUUCCUUCUGCAACCUUUUAGGCCCUUAUAUAAGAGAAACAUGUCAGCGUCCGCCAUGCCCGCCGUCCCCCGGUCUGUUGAUGACAUCACCCAGCCCUGGAUACAACAGGUACUCAACAACACCGACCCUGACGUCAACAUCACUCACGUCAACAUACAAGGCCCCAUAGGUGAGGGUCAGGGCUUCAUGAACAAUCUCGUCGCCUUCGAGGCCUCCGGGAAUAAAAACGGUAAAGAGGAGAGAUACAGUCUCGUGGCCAAGCUGACAAGUUUUCACAUGAUGGAGGUCGUAGAAUUCAUGACCGAGGAUGACUAUCUCCAAGUUGACACAGCAGAGUCUAAGUUCUACUCCGUGGCUGUCCCGGACUUCCUGUCCGUGUGCGCUCAGCCUAAGGAGUCUGGAGUCGAGGCUAUUGUGCCUGUCCCAAAGUGCUACUUCACCGCCAGCGACCAGACCUCCAAGAUGUCGGUCCGUGUGAUGGAGAAUCUGAAAACUCAGGGCUUCUCCAUCAAACCGUUCCCACAACCGUUAGACGUGCAGGAGAUGAAGCUGGCAUUCGGAGCUCUGGCCCGGAUCCACGGGCUGUCCCACCGACUGGAGCGGCAGUCCGGCGUCCCGCUACCCGACAAGUACGGCUGGAUGAUGGACAUCCACUCCACCAAACAACAGUGGUACGAAGCGUCCUACCGCGAGGGGUACAAGACCUUCGCAGAAGCCUUUCCCGACGCCACAGACCUGCUGGCUUGUCUUGAGAAGCUGAACACCAUCCCAACGGUCAUUGAGACGGUGAAGAACCCAGACAGGGUUAAGGUACUGAGCCAUACGGACUGCUGGAACAACAACAUCAUGUUCAAGUACGAUGAAGGAAAAGCCUCAGACGUAAAGCUGGUGGACUGGCAGACUCCGUCCUACCGAACCCCGACCUAUGACCUAGUCCUCCUCUUCAUGUUCCAAAGUUGGGACAUUUUCCACAACCAACGGGACGCCAUCUUGGAACAUUAUCACCAAGAACUUCAGAAGACCUUAGGAGAAAAUAAAUCUACAGGUUUGCAGCUGUACACCCUGGAGCAGUUGAGGGCAGACUUCCGUGCGGACUGUGCUAUCGGCGUGUUUGAACGGAUGAUCUUCGCUCCAGGCCUGCUGCCCAGUCAGCAACCCGACCUGCUGAAGAUUGUGCAGGAAGUCAGGGACUGGGGCGUCAUCUAGAUGUUUAGAAAGGACAUACGUGUAGAAAGGACGUACGUGUACGGCUCAUACCAACCAUACACUGUACAGCAUUCAGCAUUUGACCAUUUAUCUUAUUUCUACAUGCCCAUGAGUGUAGCCAGUAGUAAAGAAAGUGUGAAAUGGUCUAUAACGCGGCCUGGCAGUAGUUAAAGAGUAUUUUAACAAUGAAAAUGAGCAGAAAAAUACCCGCCAGCCUGUAUUACACAAUCUAUUAGGUCAGAGCAGCGUCUUUCUGGUUGGGUUACAUGAUAUAAGGGUAACGAUGGCCAAUUACUAGUUACUAAGACCAUAAGGCGAACUCAUAAGGGCCUUAUAUGAAAAAAAAA